CACCAGCCACGGAAAGCGGACGUAUCGGUGCCGCCCAAUUUUUCAUUGGAAACAUUUUCCUGAUUUUGAUUUGAAGCCGUUUUUCAAAUGAAAAUUAGGCAAAAGUGAAAAAUUAAAAAUUGGGCAGGCAAAGUUAAUAUAUCAUGUCAUCUUUUUUUCUGAUGGAGGGGCGUUGGCCACAUUUGUCAUUGGCAACCAUCUCUUAUAGAUGUUUGCACCCACCCCACUUUGGUGGGUGACGAGGGUUGCGUGGGCUGGUGACGAAGGUUGGGUGGGUGGAUGACGAAGGUUGGGUGGGUGGAUGACGAGGGUGGUGGCGUCACCAUGCGGAAAUGGUGAAAUAACUUGUGGUAGCAUAGAUAUCCAAGCGGAUUAUCCAUUUCCCUCACUAUUGUGAUCCGAGCUCGCCCUAUACCGCUAGGCUUUACCGAUUUGUUAAUGUAAUAGUGCAGCAUUAGUAAGUUUUUUUUGGUCUGCUGUUCGAAAUUUGUAUCAUGGGCUCAAAGGGAAAAUAAACGUCAUUAAUUAGACGAAGUAUAUUAACGUGUAGCUACAUCCAAUAUGCAGCUAGACUAAUAAUGAGGACAGCGGACCACUAACCAAUCAAUCUGUGACUGCAUGUUCAUCAUUAAAUCAAAAGUGACCAAUUGACGAAAAAAAUACCAAUUGAAUCGACCGCUUAUGUAGGUGUACAUCAGUCCGUCAAAAACACGGCGUUCCCUUAUCAAUCUUUUGUUAACGGUAAAGGAAAUCAAACCGAAAGAACACGAACAACAGAAAAAAAAAAGCGUUAUUCUUAAUGUAGGCCUAAUCGAAUGGGUUGCAAAAGCAAAUCGUGGAAGAAGUCAAAUGUUUGUAGCUUAGAAACAUUGAAUUCAAGCACAUUUAGCAUAUCUAGGUCAACGUUCUUUAAAAGAAAAUGAAUUAGCUGCAUGAAGUAGCAACUAGACUAAUAAAGAGGAAGUUGCGGACAGCUGGCCGCCAUCCGAUUAAUCUCUGACUGCAUGUUCAUUAUUAAAUCAAACGCCCUCUUGCGUUCGGUCGAAAGUUUUUUAUAGUUUCCCCGGCAACCCUAGCUUCCGGUUCUACCAGCAUCUCCUGGGACUUCUCCAGCUGCACGAUCACACCUGGUCCUGCUCCAUCGAGACUUUUUCAGUUCUGCUUCCAUCUUCAGGGUCUGUUCUGAUCGACGCUUCGAGGGGGAGGGGGUUGACAAUAAUGUGACUAUGUGACACGGGGGGAGGGGGAUUAACUAAAAUUUGGGUUAUUAAAGUCACUGGCCUUAUAGUCGUAGAACAAUUGUAGUCACUGGAGCAAUUGUUAUUGGGUUGGGGUUGCAAAAGCAAAUCGUAUGGGAGCAGUCAAAUGUGUGUCUACAAAAACAUUGGAUUCAAGCACAUUUAGCAAAUCUAAGUCAACGUUCUAUAAAAGAAAAUUAUAGAAACUAUGAAGUAUAUAGCAGCUAGACUAAUAAAUAGGAAGUAACGGACAGCGGGCCGCGCAGCGGUCAAUUAUUGACUGCUUCCUUAUCAUUAUAUCAAACCCCCUCUUGCGUUCGGCUAAAGCUUUUUGAGUUUCCUUUGCAACCCUAGCUUCCGGUUCCACCAGCAUCUCCUGGGACUUAUACAGCUGCACGAUCACGCCUGAUCCUGCUCCGUCAAGACUUAUUUUUCGGUUCAGCUUCCAUCUUCUCCGCAAAACGGUUCGUCCAUCUGCGACAUCUUCGCCGAGAGCUUCUUCCGCAUGUUGGCCGACUCUUUUUCCCUUGGUACAGUCGAUGGGAAAUCGAGGGAAAAUGGGGAAAAAUUGAGGAAAAUUUUUUGAUAGAAAUGGGGAAAUUUGGGAAAUAUAAGGGGACAAAUCUGGGAAGUUUUUCCCUUGGUUCACUUGAAUAAAGCGUCGGCAACCCCUCGACGAUGGCCAUUUUCUCUGGUUCAAAAAAUCAAAACUGAGUUUACCCUAUUUUCAGCAGUGCAAGAGGGUUGCCGACUCUUUUUCCCGUGGUUUAGUCAAUGGGAAAUCUGGGAAAAAUCUGGGAAAUUAGAGAAAAUUAGGGAAAAAUGGGAAAAGUGGGAAAAUUAGGGAAAACUGCUUUGUUUUCUCCUGUGGCAAUUGCAAUUGGGAUCUAUAUCUAACGUGGAAGAUCCUAAGAGGGCAAAGCCACUACCUACAACUUAAUCAUCGACUUCUAUCGUGGUUCCUAAAUCGUGGUUCCUAAAAUUAUCCACAUAUAUCCACAUACCACUGCGGCCGAUAGCAGAACGAAAGUUUUUAUUACGCUUGACACUUAACGUAGGUAAAAUCCUUUGUCCGACAAGCAGACGGUUCUCGAACAAAGGAUUGUACCUACGUUUAGUGUCAAGCGUAAUAAAAAUUUUAGUUCUGCUAUCGGCCGUAGUGGUGCGCAUCGGCGUAAACUGCGCACGACUUUUUACUCGACUAUACUACUUUUUGGUUGGAAUAACAUCUCACGCGAUGACAUGGGGAGAAAACGAUUUUCUGAUUCAACCAACUGAUGCCCGUUAUGUAAUGACAGGAUAGUUAACGCCCAUGCACAAAGCGGAUGAAUGAUGAAUCCAUGUCGGCCGAGGAGUUCUAUUGCAUUGGACCAUACAGCACGUCGUGUCUCUUCGCCGUCAUUUCGUCGGCUUCGACGUUUGCUGAUUGACAUCACAGCCCUGUUGAUGAGAAUUUCAUCCGACAGAUAAAAUUGUUUCAUUCACAUUGGCUCUAUAUCUGACAAAGGAAUAAAAAAAACUGUUCGAUAAUAAUUCAUAAUUCUUGCUUGGAAUAAAAGUUGCUUCUAUAACAAUUAAAUUUUUAAAAAUGCACGAUUGCUUACUCCGGUUUAUUCGGUUUAUUCUUUUGUCGAUCGAACUUAUCAAAAAAUAUUCAACGGUUUAACAAAGGCCAUAAGUCAAUUAGGCCUGCAAUUGAUUUGUUUAAGCAUUAAACUAUCUUUGUUGUUCACGUCGUAUGUGAAUGAAAAAAAUAUAAUAAAAUAGUAAUAAAGUAUGGCAGACUCUGACACUGAUAAAGCACUAAAGUCUCUGACGUUCUCGUCGAAAUACAUUGACAAAAAUCAACAGAAUUCCGACUACUCUCAGGUUACCAAAACACGAUUUUAAACGUUUUAAACCCAAAACGCGCGCUUAUUAUAAAUUAUUUAAAGAAGCAAAAAUGAAGGACUAUCAGGUAUACUAUUGCCAAUUUGCACAUGUACGAGUGACGCGCUUGAAAAGUUAAAAAAAAAAGCUCCGAUGCGCUCCGAUGCAAUCAGAGCCAAACCUUACUUGCACACCACGAUUCUCGAAUCAGGUUAAAUGUUAAAUGACGACGCGGAUGAAAUAUUUGAAGGCAAAUUUCUUUUAUUACGUUAUAUUUUUUUACUAUUAGCUGUAGAAAUUUAUCGACGUGUCUUAUUUACUUCCAAAAACUUGAGACGAAUGCUGAAAACCAUGUUUCUCCAAUUCAUCAGCACGUUCCACCAAUCAUAUUAUGACGCAUGAUGACCGUUAGGGCACGCUACCCUUUUCGCAUAGUUCCGUUUAAUUGCAUUGCAAUCCAGUCCCGAGUUGUUAGCAUAUUUCGGAGGUCUUCGUCGCGAUAAUAUUUGUGCAAAACCAUCAGUUGGCUGUAAAAAGGUAACUACAUUCUGAAGGAAACUUCUUCCAUUUACAACUUAAUUAACAUCAAACAUAAGAGAGGCCUACACUCAAAACUAGAAUAAUAAUAAAAUGGGUUUCGUCACUGUUGUGAUUCAACUGCCAUUAUUCCUCGUAUUCCUCGUAAUAAACUGUCAAAAUACGACCGGAGUUGAGCAGCAGUAUGAGCAUCCAUUGGACACAGCAUUAUUCUUGACCAAAUUCGAUACGCAAUGUAUAAGUUACCACUACGUUCCAUGCCGUAAGAAUAUGGAAACCUCGACUGUUAUUUACCAAGAUGAAGAAAUGGAUGAUCCGAAUUUAUCCGAAUCGGACGACACCAUCAAGUAUGAUUUGCAAUGCAUUUCCUAUAAAGUCAUUCCGUGCAGAGAGGGUUCGCAAAAAGUGAUGCACAAAGUCGUGGAAAAACAGCAGGAACGACCCCGUCAAACAAGAGCAAUUCACAGCAAACGUUUAAUUAAGAGUGAAAAGGACAAAAAUUACGAACUGUCUGUCCAGGCAACAGAAUCCUACCUAGUCAUCCUAGCCAGUAGAUUAACGGAAUGUGAAAUUUCUCAGCUGAUUUCAAUUGAAAAACUUAAAAUGUGCAAUGAGAAAGAACAACUUUUAACCCAACAGUUGAACAAGACUGAAAACGAGAAGUUUGAGUACACAAAAAGUAAUAAUAAAAAUAUUGACUUAGAAAAUAAAAUAAAAUCAUUAAGCGAAGAGAAUAAAUCCUUAGAAGAAACGCUUAACGCAAAUAAAGCGAUAGAAAAUUUACAACAAUUGGCAUACGCAAUUCAACAAGAAAAAGAGACGGCAAAAAAUAAACAAGACAAUUGUGAAUCACAAAAUAACGAAUUGACGGCCCAAGUAGGCCUAAUCAAAAAAGACUUAAUUGAAAGCGUAAGUUCAUUUAAAAUAAAGAUAGGUGAACAAGAAGAAGAAAUAAUAUUAUUAAAAGAUAUUAUAGCAAACUUACAACAAUUGGAACACACAAUUCAACUAGAAAAAGAAUCGUUACAAAUUAAACGAGUUGUGUGUGAAAAUGAAAAUAAGGAUUUGUCGGCGCAAAUAGGCCUAAUCGAAAAAGACUUAAAUGAAAGCAAAAGUUCAUCAAAAAUAAAGAUAGACAAAUUAGAACAACAGAUAAUAUCAUUAAAUAAAAAGAUCGAACAAUUGGCACUCGCAAAUCAAAAAGAAAAAGAAAUCAAUCAAUAAUUGGGUUCCGAUAAAUGACAAAAACUAAUUUAAUCGGCAAGUGCAAGAGCGACCCAUAAUUCAUUUCUCCCCCCCCCCCCCGUUUCGGAUCAAUAUUUUAAAAUGAUAGAGCUUUCGUGUGUGGACUGUUCUUUUCGAUUAAAUAAAAAAUUGAACUUAAAAAUUAAAAAAAGAAAAAUUGCAGGAAUUGUGGUAUAUAAAAACUUACAUGGCCCGUGGGACUGGGAGUAGAAGGAGUAGGAAGAGUAGGAGAAGAGGCGACCAUCGAGUCGUCACAAUCCAAUUGGCCUUUUUUUUUAUUUUAAAUUUAAAUUUGUGUGUCUUUUGGGUAUUUUUAAAGAAAUAAAAUUUGAGGAAAAAUAAACAAAAUUUUGGUUUAUCUUGCCUUUUUUUUUACUUUUUUCUUGCCUGCUUUGUGCCCUUUUUAUUUUUCAAUUACACCAUCGUCAUUAUGUUUUCAUCUUCAAAUAUGCCGAAAAGUUUUUUUACCAGCACGGCGGUCUCGGUUAGCCUUUUCUUAAUUGGUCUCGACAUAGUCCCCUAUCCUUGCUUCCUUUUUUUUCACUAGAAAAUACUCAUUAGAAUCUGUAAUAACUCCAGCAUGGUCUAUAUCUGGUAAACAUAAGUUCAUGACUGCACAGUGCACCUUGACUUAAAGUAAACAAGUCACAUUCUCACGAAGAAGAAAGAGGCACGAGAACAAGGCAACAAGUGGGGAUCAUGGCACAAUGACGGAUUCCCAUAAGUAACACCGUUUAUAAGUAAAAAAAAUAUUUUUCUGCUCAUAAGUAAACAAAUUCAAAUAUCUACUUUACCAUAAAUAAAAGUUGUCAUAAGUAAAUAUAUUUAUAGGUAAACCUAGGUUAUGUACAUGAGUAACAAUUUCCAUAAGUAAAAAGUAUUAUAACAACGUCGCAUUUAAUAAAAUAAUAAUUUUCUCGUAAGUAAAAUGUAUUACACGCAAGUAAUUGCAAAAGAACUUUUUGUCAUUGCGACUAUGCUUCAGAAGUAAUUUGUUCACAAGUAACACUAAAUAAAUAAAACGUGUAAUAAUUUGCUCAUUAGUAAUUUUGUUCAUAAAUAAAAAUUCCCACUGUUA